CCUGAGGGAGGCAGAAGUGCCCAUGCCCUUUGCCAUGAUUGCCAUAGGAUUGCCAUCUUGCACUUCAUUGCUGGAGUAGGAGGGGGAGGUUCUCAAACAGGCAGAAGUAGCAGUUUCACAACCAGUGGGUCAGGCAUUCCCGGAACAGUAGGUUGCUGUUUCCAUUUACUGUUUGUUGUGCUCUCAGGGUAGCCGAUACCUACAGGAUAAGGCCCUGAAGCUCUCUUCCACACUGUAUGUGGGCAACCUGUCCUUUUACACCACUGAGGAGCAGAUCCAGGAGCUCUUCUCCAAAUGCGGAGAUGUUAAGAGGAUUGUCAUGGGGUUAGACAAGGUCAAGAAAACCCCUUGUGGCUUCUGCUUCGUGGAGUAUUAUACAAGAGCAGAUGCUGAGCAUGCAAUGAGGUAUAUCAAUGGCACCCGACUGGAUGAUCGGAUCAUCAGGACUGACUGGGAUGCAGGGUUUAAGGAGGGACGACAAUAUGGGAGAGGAAAGUCUGGAGGACAGGUGCGAGACGAAUACCGGACAGACUAUGAUGUGGGAAGAGGUGGCUUUGGCAAAAUCAUUCAGAUGCAGAAAACCAAUCACCAGACCGUAAUCUACUAAAUGACUAAUCUAUCCCAGCACCUAGAGGGAUGGUGAGCCUCUGCAGCUAGCUCUGGCCUCACUCUUUGGAUGGGGGUGUGAUUGGAGCCAGGUUCCAGCAAAAGGCAAUACGAGACUGGCUGUUCAACAUUUGUUCAUUUCUCAUCUCUCCUGGGCUGGAAUGGCUGAUCUAUUGUGAUACAGGGCAGCAAGAAAAUAGAGUGGCCAGCGCUGCAGAAUUUCUCACUAAGAAUAAGUGAGACAUGUCCCGCUCAGACUUCUGCCUCCAAGUUGUCAUUGCAGCUGUGGUUGCUCUCGAGCACAGAUUUCUGAGAAAUACAACAGCCAUCAAAGCCCGCCUUUCUGCUUGUGCAGCUCUGGGACAGAGGGAGGAGUUUAAAAUAUGUAAUUUACAAUCUUGUUUGCCUCUGUAAAGCAUCAUUCCUGAUAUAAAUUAGGGAAGCAAAGCAAGAUCUUACUGGCCACUUGCAAGUGCUUGUCUGAACUCUGGACCCUUUGCUCAGUAAGCCCUGCAGAGCCUUAGUCUUUGCUGUAUCUGUGAUGCUGCCUGCUGUUGCAGAGCGUCACUAUUACAAUGUGGUUUUGUUUGUGUCUGGGUUUUUUAAAUAAACAUUAAGUCCUGUA